AUCUAGCUGCUAGACUCAGGGAGAAGCUCCAAACUGUAGAACAGGACUAGUACUUCAAUGGAUAAUGAUCCUUGUGCCCCGGCACCUUCUACAAAUACAAAUACAACUUCAACAAGUAGAGCCAAAAGGGGGAAAGUAUGUCUGACGAAAGUUGCUCAGCGGAGGGCAAAAGGGGUCAUCCAACAUGUUGAUUUCAACGCACGUGGACAGCCAGUGGGUGAGGCAGCAGCUGAAAUGCAAAGUUACAUUGGCCUCCUUACACGUGAUCACGUGAAGAUAAACAUUAAGAAGUGGAAAGCUGUCCCGCAAGAUGUUAAAGACCUGAUAUGGGACACGGUUAAAUCUUCCUACGAUGUUCCCGAGCAGUGGAAGGCUGGAUGUAUGGAAUCUGCAAAUGCCAAGUGGCGAAGCUGGAAAUGUAGAAUGUACAAUGAAUUCAUUGUACCAUGUCAAGAUGACGCCUCGAAGUUGCAAGAACCACCACCGGGAAGUGGCAUUCUGCCAUUAGAAUGGAAUCAGUUUGUAGUCACUCGACUGUCGACUGAAUUUAAGAAUUUCAGUGCGCAACAAAAGGAGAGACGGAGUAAGAACAUAUACCCCCAUCGACUUUCCCGCAAAGGAUAUGCUAAAUUUGCCGAAGAGUUGAAGACGUCUGAUUUACACGGUGAUGAAGAUAUAGACAGAGCUACGAUGUGGAAGAAAGCAAGACUGACCAAGGACGGAGAAGUUCAGAAUGAUAACUUGAAGAAUGCUUUCCAGAAAAUAGAUGACUGCAUAAGGGAAAAGGAGGAAGGCCGAGUUGAUUCUUCAUCUUGUUCAAGCGAUUUGCUAUCACGUGCCCUGGAGAAACCUGAACAUAGUGGCCGUGUGCGAGGUUUAGGGGCAGGGGUGAAACCCAAAUCAUUCUUUGAAACACCUAGAGUUAAGAAACAAGAAAUUGAUGAGAAAGCGCAAACUGAGCUGGAAGAAGCAAAGAAGCAAAUAAAAGAACAAGAUGGACGCAUACUUGUUCUAGAUAAAGUGAUCUACGAGUUAGUAAGCAGAAUUGGAAAACUGGAAUCGAAGGUGGGUGAUAAGGACGAUAAGUCUGAAGGAUUAGGCAGCUGUUCUGUGAUAAAGCCUCAAAAGAUGCAGAUUGAAAACGAUGAAGACAUGAAGGUGGUUGAAAACGCUGAAGACAUCAAGAAACCUGAUAAAAAGACAUGUGGAAAAAAGAUUGAAAAGGAUGAAGACAUGAAGGUGGUUGAAAAUGAUGAAGACAUCAAGAGACCUGAUAAGAAGACACGUGGAAAAAAGAUUGAAAACGAUGAAGACAUGAAGGUGGUUGAAAACGAUGAAGACAUUGAGGUGGUUGAAAAAUCAGUUGGGUUGGAGGGGAAGGUGGUUAAAUUACUUGAAGACGGAUCCAAAAAACUUGUAGCUUACGGAACGGUCAUGGUUGCUGGAGAUGUCCUUCACGGAUCUCCCUUUCCUAAAGACUGCUUACGUGUGGCGAUUGAUGAGGUUGUUGAUGAUAAUGCACGAUUACCCAAAUCUAUUUCAGAUGACAUGGUUACAGUGGGAAAUGCAUUAGGAACCCAUGUAGCAUGGCCUACUCAUUUGGUGGUGGAGAAAUCAAUUGAGGUAAUUUUAAUUCUUUCUAGCAGCCUUUUAGUAUUAAUUAAUACCUAA